CCAAGAUUUAGUCUUUAUAAUAUUUAUAAACUCAGCUUUUCCUCAAUUCUGCAUCUGGGAUUCUCAAUAUAAUAACCCCCCACAGUACAAAAAAUAAGACAAAAAGCAUCGAUAAUUAAUACAUUAUAUUGACAUGCAUUCUGUUAUAGUUUUUUUUUCUCCUCCCAUGUUCAUCUUUCAUGGGUAGUUAAUCUCUGAAAAAUAUUAUUGUGUGUAAUUUAUAUGUUUUGUCCGCCAUUAGAGAAGGGGAAGGAAAGAAAAAAUCUUUGAAGCCGAAGAUUGAACCAUUUAUAAGAAGGACCUUAGGUGGUGGUGGGUUGUCCUCUUUUCCUUUCGUUGGGAAUUAAUAUCUACAGUUGCUGACCGAUAACGGUUUCUCUCGACAAAACCCCCCACUUUCUUUUGCGCCUCUACGCCAUUCAUUUUUUUUUUAAUUUCCAUUGCAUGUAAUUUGAAACAUAAGACGAAAACAAGGCCGGCGGCAACCCGAGUUUUGUCUCCGGCCGCCGGAGAGUUUCAUGAGUUGUCUCUUUUCCCUCUCCGUCGUUGUUCACUUUGGUGCAUGUGUACAACAUAGCGGCUGAUGCAAUUUCCUCUUGGCUUGCAGUGGUGGGUUGUAUUUGUGACAGGGAAAGCAGAACUAAUGUGAGAUUCAUGAGAAGGUGGCUAUGGCAUCAAGCUCUUGUGCCAAGCAGAUUCCAGUCGUCAGCACCUAUAUUCGGUAUCCAGCUGCUAUGGCUGAAUAUGAGGAGGUUAAGAACAAUCCGAAGUUGUUCAUGGCUACUUUGGAGAAGUUCCAUUCGACUAUGGGGACCAAGUUCAUGAUUCCUAUAAUAGGAGGAAGAGAAUUGGACUUGCAUCGGCUUUUUGUGGAGGUGACACAACGUGGUGGCCUUCAGAAGAUCCUUGGAGAAAAAAGAUGGAAAGAUGUGACUGCCACUUUCAAUUUCCCAUCCACUGCCACGAAUGCAUCUUAUGUGCUGCGCAAGUACUACAUGUCCUUGCUUCAACACUAUGAACAACUCUACUUCUUUAAAGCCCAUGGCUGGAAUGCUGCAGCUGCAGCUGCAGCUGCAGCAGCAGCAGCAGCUCCUCCACAAAACCCACUGGGAGGGCAUUUUGCAGUUCAGUUUCCUGUUCACCCAUUACCAGGAUACCGACCACCUGCUGCAGCAGCAAUACAACAACAACAACAACAGCAAAUAAAUGUUGCACAUCAAGCACCAGGAGCCAAGGCAGCGUCAGCAGCAGCAGCAGCAGUAGGUACUCCAGCAGUGGCAGUCGGUGUAAUUGAUGGAAAGUUUGACAGCGGUUAUCUUGUUACUGUCGUAGUAGGCGGUGAGAAGUUGCAAGGUGUUCUAUAUCAGGCAACAACUGAUCAAGGCCAACAACAGCAUUGCCAAAUGUUGCAGCAGCAGCAGCAACAGCAGCAGAAUCAACAAAACUAUUACAGUUUGUUGGCCAACGCCAACAACAGCAAUGUGGCCGUGGGUGGUGUAGUUGUACAUCGCCGCAGGCGCAGAAGAAAGAAGAAUGAGAUAAAAAGGAGGGAUCCUGAUCAUCCGAAACCAAACAGAAGUGGUUACAACUUCUUCUUUGCCGAACAGCAUGCUAGACUAAAGCCACUUCUUCCAGGGAAGGACAGAGAGAUUAGUAGGAUGAUUGGUGAGCUCUGGAACAAGCUCAAGGAUGGGGAAAGAUCUGUCUAUCAAGAGAUAGCUAUGAAAGAUAAAGAAAGAUACAGAUCAGAAAUGGAGGGUUACAGGGAGAGGUUGAGAAUAAGAGGAGAGCAAAGUUUGGUGCUUGGCGAGACAGUAGUGCCAUUAUUGGCGCAACAGUGGCAGCAGCAGCCUCAUGAUAUGGUGGAAGCUAAUGAUCUCAGACCUGCAGGAAAUGGUGAAGGUGGCAGGGAAUCCCCCCACCACGAACUAGAUAAUGAGAGCUGCAGCAGCAGUUCUGGGUGUGAGGUUGGAUCUGAUGAAGAAGAAGAUGACGACGACAACAACAAAGAUGAUAUGGCCGGGGAUUUCGAUAUGAGGGAAGCAAGUUCUUGUCCAGUCCAAGGAUUAGAUCCUAUUCUUAGCAAGUUGGGUAUGGAGGGUGCUUCUUCAGCUCUUGAGCCCUUCAACUCCAAUAGAGUAGUGGUAAUAGGAGAAGAUAAGACGACCACGGAGGCUGGCAGCCAGAGCGUUAAUCGGAAGGCUGGUGAGGACACAACAAAGGAUGGAAACAACAACAUGCAGAAUUCGUCAACCGAAGCAAACCAAGAUGGUGUUCCUUGAAGUGUACCUUCAGCUUGAAUGGGCUCCUCUUAACCUGCAAACCAUGAUGAUUUUACAAACUCUUUGAGCAGAGUCGGAUAAGACAUAUAGGGUGCUUCGUUUUUCUUUCCUUUUCCCCCCUUUUUUUUGUUUGUGUUGUUUCUCAUUUGUUCAACCACUUAGAACCUUCCUGCAUUCUAUUUUAGUGGACAAUUUUGCAAUAGGGAUCUCAUUUAGUAGGAGAUGAUAGUUAGAAAAGAGGGCGAAAGUUAUAAUCUGACUUUUGCCAGUUUUGUAGGAAAGACGGGACUUUCUUAUUUAUGUUGUUUCUCAUUUGUUCACCCUCAAUUUUAGCAAGAUCUUGAUAGUAUUAUAUAUAAAGGGU